AUGUUUGGCUAUUCGUGAGAGUUGUUUGCCAUCCGAUAUCCCGUACGUGCCCAUUCUGAUCGAGGAUAUACCUCGGUACACAUCCUUGCCUGAUUACAAGAAAAAUUGUAUAAAGAACAUACAAACGAUCGGCGAGAUUUUACCCGGCGCAGCACGAGUUGUCUACUUGCGAAGCAUUUUGUCGGAUUACGAAGUGAAGGUUACUCUCAGUUUGGAGGGACUUCCUGUAGACGCUGUUUACUUCAAAGAUAGCAAAGGAAGACAUCUAUUUAUAUGGGAGAAGUCUUGUAUUUUUAAAGUUUUUGGAACGUUGGAACUUAGAGAAAAUGAAGUUGUACUAAUUGCUCAUAAGCUGCUGGAAGUUCAAGAUGCACAUUGUAGUUUAAAUAUAUUGUCGUUGUUAUCUGAAGCUGUUCGUCCCAUGUAUUACCAAUACAAAGAAUUGAAAUAGAAUAAAACUUUCAUCUUGUAUUUUGACAUUGAAUGUUAAGAGUUAGCUUUAUCACUUUAAUAAGAGCAUUAUCUGGUCGAAACAUGAGUAUAUUCACGCAAUGCUUGAACCCUCUCACUGGGGUUGCCUCAUGGGAGGAGAAAGAUCAGUAUUAUGAUUAUCAUCAAGAAGUAGCUAGAUCUGCUUUUGCUGACAUGCUGCAUGACCAUGAACGAAAUAAAAAAUAUUAUAUUGCUCUCAAAACUGCUAUUGAGAAAAAACAUCGCGCUGGUGAAGAAGCUAAUGUUCUUGACAUAGGCACUGGAACAGGUUUAUUGUCAAUGAUGGCUGCCAAAUGUGGAGCAGAUACUAUAACCGCAUGUGAGGCAUUUAAACCAAUGGCCAAUUGUGCCGCAGAAAUAAUAAGGGAAAAUGGCUUUGAAGAUAAAAUUAAGUUGAUUUGUAAGCGUUCUACGAAGAUGACAAUUGGUAAAGAUGGCGAUAUGCCAAAACGUGCAAAUAUUCUAGUCACUGAAGUAUUUGACACAGAGUUGAUUGGUGAAGGAGCAUUAUCAACGUUCCGCCAUGCUCAUGAGGUUCUUCUUGAGGAGAAUAGCAUAGUCGUGCCACAUAAAGGAACAGUAUGGGCGCAAGUAGUUGAAAGCUCGAAAGUCUGUGCUUGGAAUCGAGUGAAGCCUAUUAAGAAUGGAGAAACAUUGGUUGACGCUCCAUCAACUAUUCAAGCAUGUUCUGGUGCUGCUGCUAUACACGACAUGCAACUCUCGCGACUCCCUCGCGAUACUUUUGUGCCUUUAUUGCCGGCGCAGCCUAUUUUUAGAUUUGACUGGUCUGGCAAUAAACCCUUACUGAACAAUGAAAAAGUGUCAUUAUGUACACAACCGAUAACAAGUGGAACUGCGCAUGCAAUUUUUAUGUGGUGGGAUUUAAACAUGGACACAGAUGAUCAGGUAUUGCUGAGUUGUGCACCUGUAUGGGAACAUCCAGAUGUACCUGAUAAAAUGAAGAAAGAUUUCUCAUGCUUACAAAAAAUGGCAGAUUCAAUCCCUUGGAGGGAUCACUGGAUGCAAGCUGUUUAUUAUCUUCCAGAAGAAAUACCUAUCACACGAGGUGUUGAGGUCAAUUUAAUUGGUUAUCAUGAUGAAUAUUCUUUCUGGUUCAAAUUAUUGAAUGGACCUAUAAAUGAAAUUCCUGAUUGUCAGAGGCCUGAGUGCAAUUGCUGGGCGCAUAUUGCGUAUUCGCGGACACGUAUUGGUCAAUUAAACGAUGCAGUUCGUAAUCAGAGGUAUCUACGGGCUUUGCGAAAGAAAAUCACUCCAAAUAGUGUUUGUCUCUGCAUGUCAGAUGGUUGUUUACUGGCCCUCGCGGUUGCAAGAUUGGGCGCUAAAGUAUUUUUAUUGGAGCAAAAUUUUCUAUCGCGUAGAACCAUGGAGAUGUUUGUGCAGGCAAAUGAGCUUUCCGAUCGAGUAAAGAUUAUCGAAUCGAUCGAUGGUUUACCGGAGGCAAGCGAGAUCGAUUUCAUUUUUGGCGAACCGUAUUUUCUGAGUUCCAUCGUGCCUUGGGAGAAUCUUCGAUUUUGGUAUCUUGCCUCCAGAUAUCCAUCGAGUAUCAUGAGGAUGCCGAUUACGGCGACAAUCAGGGCAGUCGCUGUCGAGUUCAAGGAUCUGCAGAAGAUAAGAGCUCCCCUUGGUAUAUGCGAGGGUUUUGAUCUGUCUUCUUUUGACAGACUUGUUCAAAUGUCUAGUGAAAACAGCGACAAUCCCGUAGAAGCGCAGCCGCUCUGGGAAUAUCCUUGCAAGGCAUUAACCUCAUGUUUUAAUAUCAUUAAGCUAGAUCUUACACGGAAUGUUAAUUUUGAUGAACGUAAAAAAAUAACGGGAGAGAUUCCUAUUUUACACAAUGGUUCCUGCAAUGGCGUUGCUAUAUGGGUGGAUUGGCAAUUGGAUUCAGAUAUAUCAGUGUCUUCUGGUCCAAUUGAAGAAAUAGUACCUGGUGAGCGAGUAUCUUGGGAUCCGUAUACAAGACAAGGCGUGCAUCUAUUUCGUAGAAUAUUCAAUGUUAUGAAAAAAAAUACACUUUCAUGGUCGUUCUCUUUUGUUCCACAAAAUGGUGAAGUAGAAUUCGAAUUCAGUAUAUCGACAAAUGCUUAAUUGCGUUAAUAAAUGUUUGUUUGAUGCUGUUUAUUUUGAAAA